AACUAAUAUUUAAGAAGAUGGCAGACUAUGAAAUAUCAGAAGCACGUGGUGUUGGAUGACACUUUACAGUUUUUUCUAUUUUAUUGUUUUUGAACCUACGUUGGAUGAUUCGCUUUGAAUCCCGUUGGAACUCUUUUCAAAUCUGAAACGUUGCGCAGUAUCCGAAAAAAAAUGUGCAGUAUUAAUGAAGAGAAUGACGAAGCACUAGAAUUCAUACCAGAAGAAAAAUAUCAACUUUUGGACAAUGCACUGUGUCAGAAAUGCAAAGUCGAACAAGCUCUUGUUGUACUGCGGGGAAAAGAUGUUUACUGCAACACCUGUUUUUUAUUGAGCGCAACACACAAAUUCAGAGCGACUCUUGGAAAAUCGAAAAUCGUGAGACCCUCGGACAAAAUUCUCGUUGCUCAUUCUGGAAAAUCUGGAUCAACUGUUCUGCUUCACCUGAUUAAAGCUGGGAUGCAUGAAUCUGUACACAAAAGACUCGUUUUUGAGACCAAAAUUGUCUACAUCGAUGAGGGAGCAAUAGAUGGACAAAAUUGUGAAGAAAGAUCAGCGAAAAUUGAAGCAAUAAAAGAACAAAUUGCUUACUUGGGUUUUCAGUGUUUUGCCCAAACAUUGAGCCAAAGUCUAAUUAACGAUAUGCCUAGAACAUUCAAAUUAGAAACAUUAUCUAGCAGCUUGGAAAAUUUUACAAACGAGGAUGAAAGAUUGAGAGAAAUUUUGUCAAAAUUGCCAAACCGGACAUCUAAGCUGGAGCUCAUUAAAAAAUUGCGAAAAAAGUUGAUUUUUAAUGCAGCCCGAAACUUAAACUGCAACAAAAUAUUUCUAGCUGACGAUUCGACGUCUUUGGCAAUCGAUAUUUUGAGUAACGUAUCUUUGGGACGAGGAGCUCAGCUUUCAUUGGACGUUGGUUUUCUAGACGACCGGUUUUGUGACGUUUCAAUACUACGACCAAUGCGCGACUUUUCACGACACGAGCUUCAAACUUAUUUGAAAAUUCACGAUCUCAAAAUCCUCUGUGAGAACGGAAACCCAAAGUUAAAGACGUUGAACUCGAUUCAAGAGUUGACAGAAAAAUUCGUGACCGAUCUGGAUUCUCAAUUCAACGGAACUGUAUCGACGGUAUUUCGAACUGGGGAAAAAGUUUGUUCGAUUUCUAAUAAAAAUCGGAGUGAUGACGAAAAUUGCGCUCUCUGCGACGCACCUCUCGACACUAAAGCUUCGGAGGACGUCAUUUCUGCGAUACAAGCAACGUCUUUUUCAAAAUUACUCUCUUCGCAAGGACCCGAAGGAAAUAUUCGAGGGAAUCAACAAAUCUUGGAAAAUUUGUCUUCAAAAGAGAGUGAAAAAUUGGAAAAAUGUGAAAAUUGCAGCGGCACUUGUGCCAAAAAUUCAGAACUCUCACUAACUCUCGAGACUUUAACAAAGUUUUUGUGUUACGGGUGCAGACUUAUCUUUCGAAGUUCAGACAUUCAGGAUGUACCUCGGAGCAUAUUGGACAUUGUUCGACAGAAAGUAUCGUUGGAAAGCAUGCGCGAGGAAAUUACUGAUUUUUUAUUGUGAAACUUUUGGUUUUUCCAUCGACGAAUGAAAGAUGAAUUUGAUGAAACUGAAAAA